AUGACAAUAUUUGACAUAGAAACCGUCAUGUUGAAAGCCACGGUGGCUGAAAAGAUCGGGUUGCUCUCUGGAAAAGAUGCGUGGCACACAUUUGAUAUCCCGCGUCUGGGGGUGCCAUCCAUUCGCUGUACGGAUGGCCCCAAUGGUGCGAGAGGCACCAAGUUCACCGCAGGCACUCCAGCAGCAUGUCUACCUUGCGGUACUUCUCUGGGGGCCACGUGGAACCAAGAUCUUCUCCAUCAGGCUGGAAUCCUCAUAGGCCAUGAGACCAAGGCAAAAGGAGCACAUGUCUGGCUGGGCCCCACGGUGAAUAUGCAUCGAUCACCGCUCGGUGGGCGAGGCUUUGAGUCCUUUGCUGAGGAUCCAUACUUGUCAGGCAAGCUGGCUGGCUGCUACAUCAGCGGCGCCCAGUCCACAGGCAUUGUGUCCACCUUGAAACACUUUGUUGCCAACGAUCAAGAGCAUGAGCGAAUGGCUGUAGAUGUUCGAGUGACUGAACGUGCUCUACGAGAGAUCUACCUCCUCCCGUUCCAAAUCGCCAUGCGAGACGGAGACCCUGGCGUUGUUAUGACGUCUUAUAACAAGGUAAAUGGAUUGCACGUUUCUGAAAGCCCCGCGCUAUUAAAAGACAUUCUGAGACGAGAAUGGGGCUUCAAAGGAAUGAUCAUGAGCGACUGGUACGGCACAUACUCUACCAGUGAAGCCUUGAAUGCUGGUCUUGACCUCGAGAUGCCCGGUCCACCACGAUUAAGGGGAAUCAUGGCCGAUCUCGCAGUCUCCUCCCGAAAAGUGUCCCAUGCGACCUUGGAUGAUCGCGUGCGAAAUGUGCUUCAACUCGUCCAGCGAUGCAUCCAAAUCGACGGCGUCUCACCAGUUGAGACAACGCGAGACACGCCCGAAGAUCGUGUACUCAAUCGCAAACUGGCUACAGAGAGCGUUGUACUGCUCAAAAAUGACAACAACGUUCUUCCUAUUCCUGCCAACAUCGACGAAAUAGCCCUGAUUGGGCCAAACAUGAAGAACGGGGCGUACUGCGGCGGCGGCAGCGCUCAACUCGAGUCCUACUACACCAUUACCAAUUACCAAGGAAUAUAUGAUCGACUGACUAAAGGUCGGCAACCUAGCCAAGUAAAGGUUCACUACGAACCGGGUGCUAACACUUGGGGGUUCCUUCCCCUGUUAGGAGAGAGAGUCAAAAGCCCUGAUGGGCAACUGGGAAAACUCCGUAUGCGCAUCUUUGCUGAUCCGCCGUCUAUUCUGGAUAGAGAGAUUGUAGAUGAACUAGAGAUCAAGGACUCGACUUGGCAAUUGAUGGGAUAUUCACAUCCGAAAUUAGGAGCACGGUUCUGGGCCGACGUCGAAGGCACAUUUCGUGCACUGGAAACCAAUCAGUACGAGUGGGGGAUUGCAUGUUGCGGCACAGCAUCACUACUUAUCGACGGCGACUUGAUCAUUGACAAUACUUCUGAUCAGAAGCCUGGCAACUCUUUCUUUGGGAGAGGUACUACUGAAGAGAAGGCUAUUCUGGGCAUGGAGAAAGAUAGAGACUACCAAAUUCUCUUGCAGUUCGGAAGUCUUCCAACAUCCAUGAUAUACAAGGAGGGAGUCGUGGCUUACGGUCCAGGUGCAGGGCGCAUCGGAGUAUGGCCCGUCGAAGAUGCCGAUACGGCCAUCGAGGAGGCUGCCAGUAUCGCGAGAAAAUGCAAGUACACAGUUGUCUGUGUGGGACUUGACAAAGAUUUAGAGAGCGAGGGAUAUGAUAGGCCCGACAUGAACCUGCCCGACCCGAUGCCACAACUUAUUACCGCCGUGCUUGAGGCGAACCCGGAUGCCAUCAUCGUCACUCAGUCCGGUUCACCAAUCAAUAUGCAACCUUGGAUUUCGAAGACAACCACUCAGGUCCACAUGUGGUACGGGGGCAACGAGACAGGAAACGGUCUUGCAGAUGUCCUGUUCGGGGUGACGAACCCUAGUGGCAAGCUUCCCGUCACUUUUCCCAACGCAAUAGAGGAUACACCAGCAUUCCUGAAUUUUGAGAGCGAGCGUGGACGAACUGUCUAUGGAGAAGGUGUCUACGUAGGAUAUCGAUACUAUGAGAAACUAAAUAGGAGCGUUGCAUUUCCGUUCGGGCAUGGUUUAUCCUACACCACUUUCUCCUUCUCCGAUCUGAGGGUCACUGCAACUGAGGCGAGAUUUCGCGCACGCAAUUCAGGAGAGGUUCCCGGCUCAACCGUCGCACAGCUUUACAUCUCCCCUGCAAAUUCCAACUCAAUAUCGAGACCUAAGAAAGAACUAAAGGGAUUCGCUAAAGUAUAUCUUCUGCCAGGAGAAGUUAGAGAGGUAACAAUACGGCUUGAUCGGCUUGCAACUUCAUUUUGGGAUGAGUUAUUAGGCUGCUGGCUUAGUGAGAAAGGAGUGUAUGGAGUGUACGUUGGACAGAGCAGCACGCAGAUCUGUGCAACUACUGAACUAACAGUUGACCAAACAACGACAUGGUUGGGCUUGUAA